GCCUGACCGGCCGGGGACGCGCCGCCGCCGCCCGGCGCUCCGGAGCCUGCGGCCCUCCCGGCCGCCCAGCCUGCCAGAGGAGCCGAGGCCGCCCGUGCUCGCAUCCCGCCGGCCCCUCCCCCGAUCGCCGUGGCCGCUGCGCCGCCGCUGCAGGAUAGCUAACAGCCAGGAGAAACGUAGUGGAAAAUGCAAAACAACGAAAUCAUAAAACCUGCCAAAUACUUCUCAGAAUUGGAAAAGAGCAUCCUGCUGGCUUUAGUAGAAAAGUACAAGUAUGUGCUGGAGUGUAAGAAAAGCGACGCGCGAACUAUUGCCCUCAAGCAGCGUACCUGGCAGGCGCUCGCCCAUGAAUACAACUCUCAGCCCAGCGUGUCGCUGCGGGAUUUCAAACAGCUGAAGAAGUGCUGGGAGAACAUCAAGGCUCGGACCAAAAAGAUUAUGGCCCAUGAAAGGAGAGAGAAAGUGAAACGGAGCGUCAGCCCCCUUCUGAGCACCCACGUCCUGGGGAAGGAGAAGAUCGCCAACAUGCUGCCCGAGCAGCUGUACUUCCUGCAGAGCCCUCCCGAGGAGGAGCCCGAGUACCAUGCUGAUGCCGCCACCCAAGAAUCAUUUGCUGUUUCAAAUAGAGAACUGUGCGAUGAUGAGAAAGAGUUCAUACAUUUCCCAGUAUGUGAGGGGACCUCUCAACCUGAACCCUCGUGUUCAGCUGUCAGAAUAACAGCCAAUAAAAACUACAGGAGCAAAACCUCUCAGGAAGGUGCUUUAAAAAAGAUGCAUGAGGAAGAACACCAUCAACAAAUGUCCAUCUUACAACUGCAGCUGAUACAGAUGAAUGAGGUGCAUGUGGCCAAAAUCCAGCAGCUAGAGCGAGAGUGUGAGAUGGCAGAGGAGGAACACAGGAUAAAAAUGGAAGUUCUCAAUAAAAAGAAGAUGUAUUGGGAAAGAAAACUGCAAACUUUUACCAAGGAAUGGCCUGUUUCCUCAUUUAACCGGCCCUUUCCCAAUUCACCCUAAGACGGUGGGGUGUGGCUCCCUUGUAAUUAAUCUGUGUUGGCAAAGAAGGUCUGGAACACGAACUUGCGGUCGGUAGCCUGUCACAGAGCUACAACUAGGAAGAUGAGAGUGGUAGUAGUCACUUAUUUAAGAAUACAUUCAGGUAAACAGCUGCACCCUAUGUACCCCUGAAGUGGCAAAGAAGCUCUUCGAGUCUUCUGAAAAUUAUCACUAUGAGUGCUAUCAUUCUGAAUGUAAUGUCUCUUAAUUAGAAUUCAUACAAGAACCAUG